AGGGUCUGCCUGGUUGUUGACCUCGAUGAAACUCUCGUCCACAGCACUUUCAAGGUAAUAACGAAUCCUGAUUACAUCAUACCAGUCGAGAUUGACUCACGAGUUUAUUCUGUGUACGUUUUGAAGCGACCGUAUGCAGAGCUGUUCAUUGAUGAGAUCGGAGGACUGUUCGAAUGCAUACUCUUCACCGCCAGUCUAUCCAAGUACGCCGAUCCACUGACCAACCUACUGGACAGGAACAAAGUCUUUCAGCACCGCCUGUUCAGAGAGGCCUGCAUAUUCAAGAAGGGCAUCUACAUCAAGGACCUGCAGAGUCUCGGUCGGCCACUGGACAGGCUGGCCCUGCUGGACAACUCACCGACGUCCUACAUGAACCAGCCCAAUAAUGGGAUUCCCAUAAAGUCCUGGUUCGGUGACAUGAAAGACAGGGAACUUCUCAAACUGAUUCCACACUUGAAGAAGCUUGCCACUUGCACGAACGUUUACACUUGCUUG